AUGACGGCGGUUGGUCUGUUUGAUGUAACCCAGUUUUAUGGACGCCGGAGUUGGCAUCCGCGCACGCGGGCGGAAGAAAAUAAGCGUGCCGGGGAGCCGGGCCUGCCUGCCCUCGGCUCCCCUCCUCAGAGCCGGCCAGGGAAGAUGCCAGCUGUGGCUCUGGGGCUCGGCCCGUGGCCCGGGGAGUUGAAAGGAGAGGAAAGGGUGGAUUCUCCUGUGCCAGUUGGUGUUCCUAAGCUUAGUUAUCACUUUACAUCAUCACACAAGUAUGUUCCCAGACGGGCUGUGCUGUAUGUACCUGCGGAUGAUGAAAAGAAGAUAAGAAAAAUCCCAUCAUUAAAUGUAGAUUGUGCAGUGUUGGACUGUGAAGACGGUGUGGCUCUGAACAGAAAGAGAGAAGCAAGACUGACCAUCGUGAAAAUGCUUGAAGAGUUUGACUUUGGCCAUGCUGAAAAGUGUGUCAGGAUAAACUCUGUGUCCAGUGGCCUUGCAGAAGAAGAUUUAGAGGUGCUUUUGCAGUCCAAGACCCUUCCUUCAAGCAUGAUGCUGCCAAAGGUUGAAAAUGUUGAGGAAAUAAGAUGGUUUUCAGACAAAUUCUUACAUCACCUAAAAGGCCGAACACUUGUACAACCAAUGAAUUUUAUCCCCUUUGUGGAAACUGCAAUGGGCUUGCUCAAUUUUAAGGCUGUCUGUGAAGAAGCACUGAAAACAGGAUCCCAGGCUGGCUUUCAUUUGGAUGCAGUUGUCUUUGGAGGAGAGGAUUUCCGUGCCAGCAUAGGUGCAACAAGCAGUAAGGAAACUCACGAUAUUCUAUAUGCCAGGCAAAAAAUAAUAGUCACAGCAAAGGCAUUUGGCCUUCAAGCAAUAGACCUUGUUUACAUUGAUUUCCACGAUGAAGAUGGGCUCCGCAGGCAAUCGAGGGAAGGUGCCUCAAUGGGAUUCACUGGUAAGCAGGUGAUUCACCCCAACCAAAUCGCUGUUGUCCAGGAACAGUUCUCUCCGAGCCCUGAAAAAAUAAAGUGGGCACAAGAACUGAUUUCUGCUUUUGAAGAACAUCAGCGAUUAGGCAAGGGAGCGUUUACUUUCCGCGGGAGCAUGAUCGACAUGCCAUUACUGAAGCAGGCACAGAACAUUGUUAUACUUGCCACAGCCAUCAAGAAAAAAUGA